CGAGAUUGUCAGCCGGAAUGUAGUAUAUUUUUUGCACACAAAAUUGCAUCGAAAUUGUUUUUAAUUAAAACUUAUUAAAAAAUCUAUUAAAAUUAACAAAUUUUCGCUAAAACUAACAACAACUAAUUACAUUACCCGGGAAACAUGAAAUAAAACAAAAAUAUUUAUUAAGAAUAUAAAAAUUGAGCGGAUGAAAAUUUUUUUCAUUCAUACAAUAAAAAGGGGCGUGCAAAAAAAUCAAUGAAAAAAUAUUGAAAAAGAAAAAAAUUAAAAACUUAAAAUUUAUUCAAUAAUUUAACUAAUUAUCUUAAAGAUGGCUCCAGUUAAAAAUCCCAAUUCCACAAAUAAAAAUUCUACCAACAGUAGCAAUUCCCACAGCCACAAUAGUAUUCCACCAGCUGCUGCUACGGCGGUAGCUUCAAAUGCAAUAAAUUCUUCACAUUCCUCUAAUCCUUCGUCGUCACAUCGUAAACAAACGGGUACGGUACCAAAAGCUUCUACGAAGUCUUCAACAAAUUGUAAUAGUUCAACAGUUGCUGGGCAAAAGUCUUUGCUACAGCCUUCAGGUUUGGCUCAAUUGGCAAAUCGCUGCAGUCCUUUAAAUAUAGUGGCUUCAAUACAACAACAACAACAGCAGCAGCAACAACAGCAUACACGUAAUCAGCAGCAACAGCAACAACAUAAAAAUACAGAAAUUGUUGCACCCAUACGCAGAGAACUUAAAGAUUUAAAUGAUUAUUUAUUAACUACGGUGUUAACUACAACAACAACAACAACAAAUAAUACUAAUAAUCUAAAUAAUAAUAAACAACAGCAGCAACAGUUACAAACUACAGCAGGGCAGCAGCAAAAUCAAAGUAAUACCACAGCCACUAAUAGUGAUUUUGAAAGUUCUCAAGAAAAUCAACAACGUUUCUGUUAUCCUGUACGACCAAUACCGAGACGUAAUCAACAACCACAACAACAACAACAGCAGCUACACGGCAGCAGUAAUCAACAAACACAAAGUGAUUUUUUGAAUUGUACACAAAAUUCAAAUACAAAUCUUAAUACCGCUAUAGGUGUUGUAAUACCAACAACACCCGGUUUAUCAUCAUCGUCGGCAGCAACACAAUCUGUGCAGCCGGUAGCUUCAAAUAUCAAUACUACGCUAAACGAUAAUUCUUUGUUAGGACCACAAUUUGAACAACAUUUACAAUUGUUGGUGGUACAACGUUUAAAACAACUAUUUGAGAAUACACAAACUCAACCGUUUUUAAAUUUAACCAGUAAUAUAUUGCCCACUAUACAGGCUUCCUCAUCGGCCAAUUUAGCGAAUGCUGUAUUGAAUCAUAAUUCAAACGAAUUCAAUCAAUUAGCUCAACGUUUUCAGCAGACUUUAAACGCUAAUAAUAAUCAUAAAAUUAAUUUGGAAAACUCUUUGCAGGCUCAGCAAAAGGCUUUAAAAUCCACCACCAUGGUCCAUGAAAUAACACCAAAUGCUUCGGCAAGAGAUGUAGUGGUGAAUUCUACCAGUUUAGAAGAUGUACCCCGAAGUGAGAUGAGUGAUCGUGCCCAAUCUAUACAAUCAUUGCACAGCAAUAUGGAAACUCCCACACCCGAUAAUACACCUUCCUAUGAGGAGUUGCAACAACGUUUGGAAGCAUCCAAUCGUAAUAUCCAAAAUAUGCAAGAACAACAGCAACAAUUGCUAAAAUUACAAAAUGCGGCUAAACAGCAUUUAAGCGACAUGGAAAAAUUGCGACAACAAGCUCAAACCUUAAGUUUUCCCUCGGGUUCCCAAGCAGAGGGUGCUGAUGGUGCUCCCGAUUAUCAAUCACUCGAUCAAGUACAUUCUGAUAUGGCUUCUCUUGUGGGACGUAUGAAGAAUUUAACCACUUUUAUACAAAAUCAAAAUGAAUUAUCCUCAUUAAUGGGUGAUGAUGGUCCAGAAAUCUCAGCUGAACAAGAACUAUUGCAAAGAAAACUUGAGGCUUUGCGCUCACAGCGUGAUGAAAUGCGUAACCUAGUUAGUGAACUGCAAAGUGUCAAUCGUUCGGCAGAGGAGACUGCCAAAGAGGCUAGACAAAGGCAGUAUGAACAGGAAAAGGAUAUAGAAGAAAAUGGUCAACAAACCUCUCCUAAACCGGCAGCUGGCUCUAGUAAGAAAGAAUCUAAUGUAGAACGCGAAGUACCAGUUGAAUAUAGUCGCAAUGUACCCAUUGAACUUUUGCAACAGGCUCAAAGACAACAACCCAAUGGGCAAAUGCAAUCCGAAUCAGAGGCUGAAGCUGAACCAGAACAAGAAGAGGAUGAAGAACAACAUAAAAUAGCUGCCGCUUUAAUCCAGCAAAAAGUGGCUGAUAUAGAUGCCAUGAAGGCUCAGCUGAAACGUUUGAAAGAUAUGAUGGAAACUGUCAAUAUCAUAGAGGCUCAUACAGCCAAAGAUCCUAAACUUAUUGGUCGAACACCACCACGUGAGGUACCUAUAACCUAUGACCGCGAACGUACUCCCGUAGCUGCUCCCAGCCGCUACCAGGAUGAUAACUCUAAUGAAGAGUUUAUAGCCCGUAAAGUACGUAUGCUAAAUGAGGUUACCUCAGACUUGAGAGCACAAGCCCAGUCUUUGCAAUCGGAAAAAGAUCGCAUACAAGCUUUGAAAAAUGAAAUCGAGAGACGUAAACAACAGGCGGCCGCUGCUGCCCAAAUGGGUGAGGAUGCUUUAAAGAGAAAUAGUUUAACUCCCACUCCCGUGCCACGCAAUCACGAAAGUCGCUGGGAUGAGCAUGUAAAAACCCAACAGGAAAGAGAUCAACUUAAGGAAGAAUAUGAAUUAAAGAAAAAAGAAUUUGAAAUGCUGUGCAAGCGGUUGGAACAAGAAGAUCAACAACCAACACCCACCCGUAGACAAGAUAUUGUUUCGGAGGCCGACGAUGAAGCCGAAGAAGACAACAAUGACUCAGACUAUGCAGCCAGUACUAAAUUUGUGCCAACCUCCACACCAGCUGCCACACGUGUUAAUGAACAGUCUAGCAGAAAUGUUAAGGACUCUUUGAACUCAACUGGUGCCUCUUCAAAUGCUGCCACUCAUAUAGCUCAGGCGGCCAGCAGUACUCAUGACGGAGCCUCUCUCGAGGGCGCUAGUAUGCAGUCGGGCAGUUCGAGAUCUUUUUCUAUACCACCACCUAUGUCAGCAAUGGGCAUGAAUUUCCCCGGCCCAAUACCACCACCUUUACCAACUGCCUGGAAUCCUCAUCAAUAUUAUUAUGCUACUGGUGUGCCACCACCACCUCCACCACCGCAAACUUCUUUCGGGUUAAAUCAAACCUCUACAAAUGCCGCUACAUUAAGCACUAACGAAUGCAUAUGUAAUGCCAAUAAUUUGGGAGCAGCCACUUCAUCAUCGACAGCUACCAGUGCUGCUACUAAUGCUGCUCUCACCAGCAACGAUCCCAUGUUGCAACAAUUUAUACAAACCCAACAAAUGCUGAUAAGUUCUGUGUGCCAAUGCAAUCAAAUGUUGUGGCAUCAACAAAGGGAAAUUGAUAGUCUCAAUCAAACUAUUCACGUUCUACAGGAAAGAUUAUUGGCUAUAACAAGUGGAAGCACUUCAAACAAUGCUAACGAUGUGAGUUAUGGCUUACGUUCUGAAUCGGUACCACCAGCAAGUUUAGGUGGUAUACCCACUACACAAGCUUUACCCAACAAUUUAUAUGUUGGUCUAAAUAGGGCACAAUCUGAACAACCCAUAGCUUUUAUACCGGGACAAAAUAGAAACAGUGCUUUUAGCAAUUAUCAACAGCAACAACAACAUCAACAUGUCUAUCGUCAUCAACGUGUGGCUCAGCCUCAAGGUGCUUUUAAUUUUACCACUGAAACUCAACAACACAAUUCUUCAGCUACAGCCACCUCUAGCAUGUAUGCUACGCUCAAUAAUGCUGUACCACAACCACCACAAGCUCCCUCAACACAUUUUAACAAUGAAAUACCUACUCCUCAAUCCCCAGUGGUUGGCUCUGGACCAGCUCCAAUUUUUAUGCAUCAUCACAAUAAUGCCAUACAUCAAAAUAAUGCUAAUUUGCGUACCCAAAAUCAACAGCAGCACCACCACAGUAAUCUAUCGCAUACUCUUAAUAAUCAGGUGCCACCCGGCAAUCGUGCCAACAACUAUUGGGAUAACUUUAGAAGCUAUUCGCGGCAAAAUUUGCUUUCUACUAAUUCUGCUAAAAGCAAUGAAGAACAACAAAUACAACAACAGCAGCAGCAACAACAGGAAACACCUUAUGAAAGACCUGCAACAAUGCCACAUCAGCAGCCACAACAUCCCCCUUACAAUUUCCAGCAAGCACAACAAAAUCAAAAUUUGGAAGAAUGUAGCAAUAAUUUAAAUUACGCUGCCAACAAUGAUACAUCCACAGCAGCUCAUAAUAAGUAUUUGCGCAUUAUACAAAGAUCACGUAUUAAUCAGCAACAGCAGCAGCAACAAUAUCAGCAAAAUAUCUAUCAGCAGCAAAGAGAUUUUCUACAGCAAUUGAAUUGGUUGGAACAACAUGAAAAUGCUGCCGCCACCAAUAAUAGCAGCACGACAAAUGCUGGCACAAAUACAGCCGAUUUAAUGUAUCAUAAUUAUAAUAUACAGCAAAGUAAUAAAGUGGGUCCGAAACCCAAUUGGCGUUUUCGUAACUUGAAUGAGGAUUUCAAUCCAGCUACUUCGAGCAUACAAAAUACACGUCAUGUGGCCCAGCCCUUGCAGAGGUAUCAAAAUACUUUGACCUUCCAACAACAACAGCAGCAACAUCAAACCUUGCAACAUUUUUUAAAUCCUCUACAACAUCAGCCACAACCAGCCACCCAAACUCAAGCUAGAAAUCCAGAUUUUUUAUUAAGACCAGCCGUCGAUAUCGACGAAGGAGUAGAAAAUUAUAAUUUCUUAAAUACCCAACAGCAAUUACCUUUGGAUUUCUCUAAUCCUCAGCAGCACAAUAAUGAUAACAUGCUGUUGGAUGGCAAUGAAAAUAAUGAAGAUGAGGAAGAGGAGGAAGAAGAUGAUACCACUUCAGAAGAAAUUAAACGUAAUCUUUUAGUAAAUGCUUUGAAAAAUGAUAAAUUUACCACCAAAUUCUAUGAAUCCAUUAAGGAAGAUGUUUUUAGACGUUUAGAAAGCAUGCUAUUGGAUAAAGAUAACAUUAAUAAUGAGACCGCAGGUCAACAGAACCAAUUAUUCAAUAAUAUUUCCAAUAUAUCAUUACGCAAAUUAAACUUAAAUGAACAAAGAGAUCAACUCUUGCAGCAGCAGCAACAACAACAACAGCAGCAGCAGCAACUACUGCUUCAUACCCAUUUAGAUCCGGCUACAACUCAAAAUCUAAACGAGGAAACACGUCUCAUUACAAAUGUCAAUAUAAAUAAUGAAACCGAAUUGCCCCUAUCCUCUUCCAACAAUGAUAAUGACAAUGAAAAUGAAAAACCUGAAGAAGACACCAAUUGGCGUCAAAGUGUUAUUAACAAUUGUAAUAAUUCCACCAAUCAGACACCACGUUGUAAUAACCCUAACAACUCUACGGUCAAUAACACGCCUAUAACAAAAAAUGUCACCAAAAAACGCAAGAAUUUACGUAAACAAUCUUUGAAUCAGUCCAAUGUACCAGUAAAUAAUGCCAACUCUAACGAAACAAAUGAAGAAGAGGGCAACGAAAAUCUAAGAGGUGCUUGCAGUUUGGCAGCACAACAACAUCAGAAAUUACAACAGGAAAAUAAGGACAAACAAAAUGAAAACAAAAACGAUACAAACGUCUCAUCUUCAACAAAUUCGCCAAAAUCAGCCGCCUCCGGUACUAGUACUGCAGCAAUUGCUGCUCAACAACAUCACUCCACUGAAUGUGAUCUUAUCAAAUAUAUUAUCAAUCGCAUACGCAAUCAAACCCAUACUAACACCUUAAUCAAUGAUGCUUUAUUAGUGGAUGUUGCUAAACUAACAGCUACUGUGGCCCAAAAUGCCCAACCUCUAACGCAUAAUAUUAAUCUAGGAAAUAAUGCCAGUAAUAUUUCGCCUAAAAAAAUUUAUGCAAAAAUCAAAAAAUUAUCAUUACCCAAGGAGAGAGAUGAAUUCUUAAGAUGGUAUCAGAAAUAUUUGGAAAAUACCUUGUUCGGUAAUCAACAGCAACAACAGCAGAGGCAGCAGCAGCAGUCCUCGGAUAAAGGUAAGUCUACAACAAAAUCUACAAAUAAUCAACAACAGCAACAAAAUGAUUUGCCACCAGCAAACACAGAUGAUGGCGACUUGGCCGAGGCCGAUCAAAAUUGUUCCUUAAAUAACAGUGGAAGUGGUAGCAUAGUGAAUAAUACUGUGAGCUCCACUUAUCAUCAGUCUGAAGCACCAGCAUUAAUACUAAUUAAAACUGAAACCUCUAAUAAUGGCAUUGAAUAUGAAAAUAAUGAAAAUCCCGAUGAAGCUCAUUCAUUAAAUAUUGAAAAUAAUCGUGAAAACACAAAUUCCAAAAAUGCUACAGAACUAACAAAUGAUUUAAUUAAUUCUGAAACUCCUUUAAUGAAUUUGAAAGGUCACGAAGCGGUGACCAACCCAAAUGAAAAAUCUGAUUUGAAAUGUGAAAAACCAGAAUUCACCGAGAAAGAGUAAUUAAUCUCCUAGAAGUAUUACCAAUUCAAAUUCAAAUUCGAUUCCCUUAGACUUUAAGCUCCUACACACCUAUUUUAAACAUAACUAUUUAUUAUUAGAAAUGUGAAAAUGUAACAAGUUUGAUUGAUUGGCUUUCGAAGAUACUUUGCAUUUCUUUACAAAACAUUCCCCCCAAAAAAUUUUGUUUUUACUUUUGAUCUUUUUAAAUAUAUUUACAAGUAUUUAACACAUA